CGCUCGACCGCCGCCGCCAUACAUCGAUCUGCCGCUGCCGUCGCCAUUCGUUGAGUCCCUGUGCGCCGCCGUGUCCUGUUGUUGGAGAGCUGUCGCCGCCGUCGCGCUGGACGGCAUCGAGCUGCGUGACCUGCGUCAUCCCCCUCCCGUCUCCGCUUCCUCCAGAAACCGCGCCUCGGCCUCAUCGAGAAGCUCUUUUGCCCCUGGCCUCGCAUGUCAGGUCGAGACUCGAGAGGGAGCGCUACGCCGCCGCCUCCCCCUCCCCACGAACAGCCCCGCGCCCAUCCGUGAGCCGUCCCUCCGAUCCUGUCGCCCGAAGCCUUUCCAUGUAGCUCUGCUGCAGCGGGUUGCGGUCGAGCGCCUGCAUCUCGGCCGGAGUCGCCGCCGCGUCGCGCGCUGGUGUGGCCUCGCUCCGUGCCCACGCUGGCUGCCCCUGCGCUUCCCUUCCCCGCUGCCGCCGCCGCUUUCGGAGUUACAAAGAUGGUGGGCAAAAAUGUAAUUUUACAGGAGAUAUAAUCGGACACUACUACUCAUUAUCCGUUCGGAUUUUGGACCUGAGCUGAGAGCCAACCACCACGCUGCUGCUCCGCCGCUCUUUCUCCCGUGGUGAACGAAAGAAGGUGGUUGGAGGGGGGCAUCCGAGCAUGGAGGGGCUGACGUCCAGCGAGAUCGCCGGCUUCGGGGUGGGAGCCCUGCUGGUGUGCGCCACCAUCGCCGCCCAGAGAGUCGACGGCUUCAUCGCCUCCUCGCAGAGAACGUCAUUGGGCAUGUGCAAGAAGUGCGGUGAUCUUCGUAUUGUGGCUUGCUCACAAUGCAAAGGAGUAGGUUCUGUUAGGAAAGGAGGACUAUUCACAUUUGGCAUGCUAGAUGAUAUUUAUGAAUCACUUGGAGCUGAAACAAAGACAAGUAACUUGGUUCCUUGCACAAAUUGCCGUUCUAAAGGCCGCCUUUUGUGUCCAGAGUGCUCCAAGGUUAGGUGAUUCAGUUCUGGUGAUGUACAGAGAUACAAUUUUCUAUCACCACACAUGUAGGUGUUGUUUCAGAACUGUGGUUUAAGAUAUACUAUAUCAUCUUCAUCAAAGAAUUAUGGCAUGUACUGAACUAAGGAUGCUUAUUCCAUUUUCUUUUACAAUUUGAUUGAAAGAAUUAAGCCAUAUUAUAUUUGUGUAUUAGUGAUCACAUUCUUCAUGCACAAUGAAGGUAAACGUGUUAAGAAA